CGGCCACCCCGGGGACGCAGACGCCAAGGCCCCUCCGGCCAGGGCAGGGACCCCGGCCGGCUUAGCCAGUUCUGACAGUCCCAUGGCCCCGGCCGGCCACUGAGCUCCAACAUGGGCAGCUUUUACUCGGAAUACCUGAACUCCAGCAAGGUCCUGGAACACUACACAUACACCAAGGAGACGCUGGAAACACAAGAGACACGCUCCCGGAAGGUGGCCUCAGCCUUCAUCAUCAUCCUCUGCUGCGCCAUCGUGGUGGAAAACUUGCUAGUACUCAUAGCCGUGGCACGCAACAGCAAGUUCCACUCGGCCAUGUACCUGUUCCUGGGCAACCUGGCCGCCUCCGAUCUCCUGGCCGGUGUGGCCUUUGUGGCCAACACCUUGCUGUCCGGCCCCGUCACGCUGGGGCUGACACCCGUGCAGUGGUUCGCCCGCGAGGGCUCCGCCUUCAUCACGCUCUCUGCCUCUGUCUUCAGCCUCCUGGCCAUUGCCAUCGAGAGGCACGUGGCCAUUGCCAAGGUCAAGCUUUACGGCAGUGACAAGAGCUGCCGCAUGCUGCUGCUCAUUGGGGCCUCGUGGGUCAUCUCGCUGGUUCUCGGCGGGCUGCCCAUCCUUGGCUGGAACUGCCUGGGCCACCUCGAGGCCUGUUCCACCGUCCUGCCUCUCUACGCCAAGCACUACGUGCUGUGCGUGGUGACCAUCUUCUCGGUCAUCCUGUUGGCCAUCGUGGCUCUGUACGUCCGAAUCUACUGCGUGGUCCGCUCCAGCCACACCAGCACGGCCAGCUCGCAGACGCUGACCCUGCUCAAGACGGUCACCAUCGUGCUUGGUGUGUUCAUCGUGUGCUGGCUGCCAGCUUUCAGCAUCCUCCUCUUGGACUACGCCUGUCCCGUCCGCUCCUGCCCCAUCCUUUACAAAGCCCACUACUUCUUCGCCUUCGCCACGCUCAACUCGCUGCUCAACCCCAUCAUCUACACGUGGUGCAGCCGGGACCUGCGGCGGGAGGUGCUGCGGCCGCUGCGAUGCUGGCAGCGGGCGGCGGCGGGGGUGCAAGGGCGGCGGGGUGGGACCCCGGGCCACCACCUCCUGCCGCUGCGCAGUUCCAGCUCGCUGGAGAGGGGCACGCACAUGCCCACGUCCCCCACGCUCCAGGAGGGCAACACGGAGUUAUGAGGCGGGGGCCCAUAGGUGGGUUGACAACCAUUCCACAGCAGGGGGCUGCGUGGAGAGGCUCCGGGUGACCUCAGACAAGGGGCUGCCACGCCAAAUGCCCAGCCCCCCCCACAGACCUGGGUGAUACUGCAAACAUUUCACACCCUGCGUGGCCAGCUGGGGCACUGCCUAGUCUGGUUGCAGUGCUGCAGUGGGGUCCUGGGGUCAGCGUGCUGCCAAGUGUGACCCCUUUAGAACUGGAUCACGGGGAGGCCAGGGGGACGCCCAUAAAGGGCAAGGUGAUAGCAGGCAGGCACUCAAGGGGAACUCAGGGCAGGACCACUUUACCACCCGGUUCAAAGGAUUUCAACAUUUUCCUGUCCGACCCCCAGCCCUGCACCAAACUCCCCUCUCUGAAUCUACCCCUCCUGUGCCACCGUCUCUGGACAACCUCAGGCCACUUCUUUGGAACCACUGUCGGGAAGAGCUAGAGGCCCCUCCCGGGCCUGAAUCCACAGCUUCCCUAAAUUUCAGCAGCUGCCACUUGGGCGACUUCUUCCCUUUCCUCUGAGUCCACGAGAUCCCCGGAAACCUCGGGGUGGAGGUGGGGAGGGGAGGGGGCUGAACCCAUUCCCGGAUCUCAGACUUCAUUGGUCAGUUGCACUAUUUGGGGCAUAGAUGAAUAAUAACCAAAGGCAGGAAAUACCAGUUUGGGGGGGCUGCUUCUCCUGGUGUGGGGCAGGGUGGGACUUGAGAAAAUUCUGGGGGAAAUGUUUGCACAGGAUCCCUCCCCCAACUUCCAAAUGCAAUGACCCCCAAGCCAGCCCCACCUCCACACCUGCAGCCCCAGCCAAGGUCCCAGGUCUCCUAAGGCAGGGCAGCCCUGAGUCCUCUGUGCCUUCUUUCAAGUUAUAUUGAAUGGGGGGUGGUGGGGGUGGCCAAGGACAUUUCCGGGGAUGCUGUCCCCUAAUCUGCCCCAGAAGGACUUUACGAAAUCCUGUGGAUAGACGGAAGGGAUUUUGCGGUACAUAUAUUUAUGUGUGUCUGCGUGUGUCUGUGUGUGUGCACAUACGUGACGUCUGUGACCCCCUCUCCCGAUCACGUUUCCCCCCGAAUGGAUGCUGUUCUGUCUCCUCUUGUCCGUGUUGAAGCUGCCAAAGGGAGGUUCUGGCGCUGCCCAGACCCUAAUUGCUGACUCAUCUGCCCCCUCGAGAGCUGGGGUGCAGCUCACAUUGGGGACGGAAACCUCACGCCUGAAAGCAAUUUCUUGUGAAUGCAAAGGCUGGGGGAGGGGGUCUUUGGGGGGCAAGGAGCCAGUCAGGGGCUUGUCUCCCCGUCAUACAGCUCCCCAGACACCUUCCUCAUAUCCGAGACCCAGAUGUAGGCCAAUAAACAGUU